AUGGUGCCCCCUGAACAUGUCCAAAGUAAAGCAGCGUCUAAAGCAGCACAGGUGCACCAGAAAUACGUGCCACUACCCCAUCUUUCUGCUCCAGUACCCACCAACCCGCAACAUGCAAUGGCAGCUCUACCUCCUGCACUGGAACAAUUACCUGCAGUAAGAGAAAUGGACAGGGUCGCGGCCGUAAAAGAGAUUUGGGAACGUAACUGCACCACUUUGGAAACCAGUCAGCGGGAAGCUUUAUGGCAAGUGCUACUGCAGUACAAAGACAUCUUUGCCCUUUCUGAAGAGGAGGUGGGUCUAACACACUUGGUGCAGCACGAAAUAGACACUGGAGAUGCGCACCCGAUCAAAACGCGCCCCCGCCGACUCCCUCUGGCGCAUCAAGCGGCUGCUGAUAGCGCAAUUGACAAAAUGCUCGCGGCUGGUAUUAUCGAGCCGUCAGAUAGUCCCUGGGCUUCGGGGGUUGUGCUGCAAGGUAUCGCGGAGGCCGGGCUGAAACUCCAUCCCAACAAAUGCUGCUUCAUGAGAAGGGAAUUGGAGUUUUUAGGGCACAAGGUUGGUGGAGAAGGCAUCAGCACUUUGGAGGAAAAGGUACAGGUUGUGAGGGACUGGCCAAUCCCCACUAACCUCAGAGAACUGAAAAGUUUCAUUGGACUAGCCUCAUAUUACAGGCGAUUCGUGCGCGGUUUCUCUUGCAUCGCUGCACCCCUGUUUGCCCUACAGCGGAAAAAUUGUGACUUUGUGUGGACCCCAGAGUGCGACCGGGCCUUUUGCACUUUGAAAAAGGCACUGACGGAGUCUCCCAUCUUAAACCCCCCAGAUACCAAUCUGCCAUUUGUCAUGGACACAGAUGCCAGCGAUGCGGGGAUGGGUGCAGUGUUGAGCCAGGUGGGAUCACACGGGGAGAAAGUAGCAAAACUUUCAACAAGGCGGAGCGGCGUUAUUGCGUGA